AUGGUGGUCUAUGUAAUGGAAGAUGAUUACACAUUCAAGCGCGCUGCCAAUCCAUCUGCUAGACUUUUAAGAGUGGGCUAUGCUGUGGGCCAACGCCAUUUCCCUCGGCUGCGACGUCGCGCUCUGUCGAUGGAAAUGCACAUUCUUGCUAAGGAAGGUCACAAGAAGUCUCACACUCAAAACCACCUAUCCGAAACAGAGUCGUCGCUUUAUAACGUGCGGAGGAAGCAGCUUCCCAUUUCAGGCGCCGGAAGCAGCUUUCGCAGGAUCAUACUUGAUAGAAGCCUGGAAAUUUAUAAAUUGAAUAGGAAUCACUUCGCAGACUUCAGCACUUGGAAGCAUGUCAUACCUAUUUCGGCUGUGACAGAUCUAACAAUAGAGGGAGAGAUAAUCAUAAACUCUGUUAGAUUCCAGGUGCAGCCACCGCCCCAAUCCCAAGUCGUCUACCUACCAAUGCUGCAGCCCGUACCUUACCUGAAAGCAAUACCAGGAGGGCUACGCGUUGGGAGCAUUAUCCAGGUGUCUGCCUAUCCUCAACAAACUGCAAACGACAAGCUCGCCGUUAGGUUUCUGUGCGGACCACAUCCAGAUAAAUCUGACAUCGCGUUCACGUUCAGUCCUCGCUUUAAACGGCCGCUGCACAUCAUCCGCAACUACAGAGUGAACGGAAAGUGGGGCGCCGAGGACCGCACUAACUAUGGAGAUCACGACUUCCCAUUUCCACGAGGCGUUCCAUUUGACCUGGUGAUCAACUGCGACGCGGACGAAUUCCGCGUGACGUGCAAUGGCAAGCAUCUGAUUAACUUUUCAUAUCGUGUCAAGCCCCUGCAGAAAAUAGUCAACGUAGAGAUCAUUGGUGAGGUUUGCAUUCAGAAUGUGCGCAUUCUAUAGAAUAUGCGUUGGCGCGUGAUGAGGCGUUCGCUACCUUCGAAUCUUAAGCAGACGAAUUAUUGCUAUUUGUAACUAAUUACUGUUGAAGAAAUUCCAAUCGCGCGGCGAAGCGAUUACCCUUAUUGUUUAACUGUGACGAACACAUAACAUUAUUUGAACGAAGAAAGGUCUCAUAAUUAUGUUGAGUAAAAUAAGUA